CUCGUCUUUCAUUUGCAUUUCGCCGAAUAUCUCAGGUUGUUACAGCCUACCAGUAUCAUGCUGAGAGGUCACUGGUCGCAAAGUAUAAAGCCUUGGGCUUUAUCGAGCUCAGGCAGACUAAUCGCUGAUGUUACACACACCCCAAGGGACUGUGUGGGCAGAGGCUUACGGCAAAGCUGCCGAGCCGAUGAGCGAAAGCAAUUGACUGUGUAGACUUCGGUUGCAGAGACCUGCUGCAUUCAGGGCGCUUAAUUCUACAUCUUCCGGCUUUGCAAGUAGUGAGAAUGGAGGGACUUCAUUAUGUUUGGGAACAGGUAGGGGCACACACUGGAGUGUGGACUGUGGGUGCCACAUUACUUGCAGUGCUCACAGGAUGGCUGUUGUGGAGCACCACCGCUGUGCCGACGAGAAAUCCACCGGUGCCGCCAGGCAGUUUUGGUUGGCCUCUGGUUGGAGAGACGCUGGACCAAUUGGAUGCUGCCAAGGCCAACCAAGUCGUGAAAUUCUACGCAACUCGUGUGGCCAAAUAUGGAGAGGUAUUUAGAACGCAUUUUUUGUUCAACCCGGCUGUGUCAAUGGGCGCACCGGAGGGCAACAAAUUCCUUUUCGGAAACGAGAAUAAGUUGGUUCAGAAUUCCUGGCCAGGGCCAGUCACCAGGCUGCUGGGCAAGAACAGCCUUACUGUCCUGGUCGGUGAGGAGCACAAACGAGCGCGUCGGGUGUAUACUACAUUCUUCAAUCCAGAAGGCCUUCAAGCUUCCCUACCAAGAAUAGAGGCAAUUGUACGUAGGCACGCCGCCGAGUACUGGGAAGGCAAGGACCAGAUUCUGGGAGUGCCAACAGCGAAGGAGUUCGCCUUCACUGUGGCAGCAGACUUGUUCAUGAGCAUGGACAACCAUGACCCCUUAUAUCGAUUGUUUGCACAAGCCCACGAGGAAUUCGUGACAGGAUUUUUCAAAAUACCAAUCUACUUGCCGGGGUCAGCGUAUCGCAAAGCACUACAAGGACGUGAAGAGCAGCGCCGCAUCAUAGGCACCAUCAUUGCAAAAGAAGAGGGAAUCAACCCUCCGCAUGAUCUGCUGAACGUGAUGCUGACCGUCCCUUAUGAAAACGACAGCUUUAUGACAGACGACGCCAUCAAGGAUAACAUUUUGUUGAUGAUGACCGCCAGCCACGACACUAGCAGCACCACCAUUGCGUUCGUGCUCAAGUAUCUGUAUCUUAAUCCAGAAUGCUUGAAGGAAGUAAUUCGAGAGCAACUGGCGAUUGCGAAAGAUAAAAGGGCUGAUGCAGCCGUCACUUGGGAGGACACCAAGAAUAUGAAGUACACAUGGAGAGCCAUUCAAGAAACCAUGCGGCUGCAACCACCCGUGCAAGCAGGAUUCCGAAGAGCAAUCAAAGACUUUGAGUUCGGUGGAUUCUCUAUCCCAAAAGGAUGGACGUUGAUUUGGAGUGUGGCACGCUCACACAUGAGUCCCAAGUUUUUCCCCGAUCCUGAGAAAUUCGAUCCAUCACGAUUCGAAGGCUCGGGACCUCCCCCCUACGUGUUCAUUCCGUUCGGCGGAGGACCCCAUAUUUGUCUUGGUAACGAGUUCGCCCGUUUAGAGAUGCUACUCUUCCUGCACCACAUUGUGUUGAAUUACGAGUGGGAAAUGGUUGAUCCCAACGAGCAGGUCAGCAUCACCCCUGUCACACACUUCAAGAAGGGACUAGAACUGAUCCUCCGCAAACGCAGAUUCGAGUGAGACCACCCCAACGCAUUGUUCAUUUUGUACAGUAAUCCUCCCUAGACUAAGAUAAUGUUGCACAUCAUAGUCAUGUAGGAAGAAACAACCUUGAUAGAAACCUUUGUAAAUGUAGGAUGCUGAGUCAUUUGUUGGAUUUUCCACUAUGACUCCGGUAGUCCGGAAGCAAUGCCUUUAUUACCCACUUGGGAGCUAAUCCAGGUGCCCAACUUUUGCAUGAAUGUACGCUUGAGCUCAAUAAGAUUGACCCGGAUCUCUACACCUGUGGUGCUACUAAA